AAACAGACUGCAGUCUGUCUGAGCUGUGUAUGCAGUGGCUAGACUUUAGCAAAGCAGAGAAGGCUGUGUGUGGGGCAUCUGGCAGUGCUGUGCUGGAGGUAGGUUAUAGUAAGUUGACAGUACUUGGCAGUUGACAGUGGUUCUACUAGCUAACAGAAGUUGUAGGAAACAGACUAAAAACAGACUGCAUCUCUCCGAGCGAGCUCCAUAUGCAGUAGAUAGAGAAGGCCACAGGGCAGGGGUAACAGUGUAGAACAAUUCUUAGGUUGACUGGAGGUAGACUGGGACCAAUAGUGCAAGUACUGCAGCCAUGCAACACCUGUUGUACCAGCCACUGCUUCUCAAUGGAAACAAAUACCUGCAGCAGAAGUGGGACAAGGCCUCCUAUGAAAUGCAUCUGAGAAAGGUCAAAUCAGCGAAACCCACCAUCGACACAACUGCACCGAAAACCUAUGGUCACCUUGCCCUCAAAAUGAAGAAACAAAAGGAGCAAAGCAUGUCCAAAAUUCAGAGGGAAAACAAUAUGCUGCUUGAGAAAAUAUCUCACAUCAUGAGGACUACUGGUCGCAUCGACAACAGGAACGACUAUGAAAACAAAAGUCUCUGCAGAGAGAUGCAACAGCAGGAGUUGCUCCGUAUCACCAAAGAUAACCAGUUGAUCCUUCUUCGUCUGACCCAGUGCCAGCCUCACUACAGCAUUAAGGACUGGCAUGAGGACUGGCUCAAGACAAUCAAGCUCAUGGAGAGCAUUGCACGAUAUCCACGAAGAGUUAGUGACUAAAAGGGACAAGGCCAGGCCAGUAAUGAAGAGCAGCAACACUGAGACUGAAGAAAAGGACAGUCUUCGUGCGGAACAGAGACCAACACAGCAGCAUCACUCACAAUGGCAAAAGGGGAGUGUGAAGAAGAACCUGAUCAACAGGAAGAGGAGGUGGGCCUGUAGGAAACACCUGAGUCAUCUGACACACCAAACAAAGGUCCUACAUCUGAAAGUCCCCCAAUACCUGAACCCCCUCACACACCUGACACACUAAGCACAAGUAACAGACCUGACUCCCCAGUCAAAGGCUGAGAAUAGGUGUAAGCACAAGGACAUUAAGAAGGGGUAAAGUAAUUUGUCUAUUUGGUAGAUUAUUUACAUUUGCAAUGUAUCCAGAUGUUCUUUGAAAAUAUAUUACUGGCUUGUAGUAUUAAAGGAAUUUAUAACUUCUCGUCUUGGGAUCAGAUGCCUUUGCCACCUUUAUGCGAAAUCAAUGCAUAAUGCAUGUUAGCUACACAAUAAAUAGUUGUCAAAACAAAGGUUCAAUCAGAGGAAAGCGUCAGUGAUUAUAUCAUAAGACGGUUCAUUGCCUGUGAACGAGCUGGGCUAGAACAAAAUUGACCUUUUUUUAAAGACAUUAGCAGCCUUCCAUAACUUCACAUGGAGAUUAAAUUAGGCUACCACAUGUGCACAACUAAAACCACAGUAUUUGUUCAUCUUUUGGUUUAGGUUUUUAUGUUCAAGUCAAAUGCAGCCUAUUAUCACCAGGUAGAAUACAAAACAUAUGUUUCAUCGACACCAAUGUACAGCUGUAUAACAACUUUAAUUGUAAACGGUAUUUAAUAUGUCAAACUAACUACUGUUUUAAUAUCAACACCAAUGUAUAACAACCUGAAAUUGGUUAAGACAUUGUCAAAGGGGAACAUUUUGGAAAUUUGUCAAAGUACCAAAAGCUGUCUCACAGUAAGCACCUCUCUGUGUCAUGACGUUAUGCAGCCCCUUGAUGAUUCUGACAGCUUUUUGGGCACAUUCUAACCAAAGUUCUGUGAAUAAUUUAACAUCUUUGUACAGUACCAUUCAAAAGUUUGGACACACGUAUUAAUUCAAGAGUUUUUCUUUAUUUUUACUAUUUUCUACAUUGUAGAAUAAUAGUGAAGACAUAAACUAUGUAAUAACACAUAUGGAAUCAUGUAGUUAACAAAUCAAAAUAUAUUUUAGAUUCUUCAAAGUAGCCACCCUUUGCCUUGUUGACAGCUUUGCACACUUGGCAUUCUCUCAACCAACUUCACCUGGAAUGCUGAGCACUUGUUGGCUACUUUUCCAUAACUUUGCAGGCCAACUCAUUCCAAACUAUCUCAAUUGGGUUGUGGUCGGGUGAUUGUGGAGGCCAGGUCAUUUGAUGCAGUACUCCAUCACUCUCCUUCUUGGUCAAAUAGCCAUUACACAGCCUGGAGGUGUGUUGGGUCAAUGUCCUGUUGAAAAACAAAUGAUAGUGGGACUAAGUGCAAACCAGAUGGGAUGGUGUUAUCGCUGCAGAAUGCCGUGGCAGCCAUGCUGGUUAAGUGUGCCUUGAAUUCUAAAUAAAUCACUGACAGUCACCAGCAAAACAUCAUCACACCUUCUCCUCCAUGCUUUACGGUGGGACCCACACAUGCAGAGUUUCUGUUCACCUACUCUGCGUCUCACUAAGACACGGCAGAACCAAAAACUGUAAAUUUGAUCAAAGGACAGAUUUCCACUGGUCUAAUGUCCAUUGCUAGUGUUUCUUCACCCAAACAAGUCUCUUCUUCUUAUUGGUGUCCUUUAGUAGCGGUUUCUUUUCAGCAGUUCGACCAUGAAGGCCUGAUUCAUGCAUUCUCCUCUGAACAGUUGAUGUUGAGAGAAUGCCAAGAGUGUUUAAAGCUGUCAUCAUGUCAAAGGGUGACUACUUUGAAGAAUCUCAUCUUAAAUAUAUUUUGAUUUGUUAAACACUUCUUUGGUUACUACAUGAUUCCAUAUGUGUUAUUUCAUAGUUUUGAUGUCUUCACUAUUCUACAAUGUAGAAAAUAGUAAAAAAAUAAAGGUAAACCUUUGCAUGAGUAGGUGUGUACAAACUUUUGACUGGUAGUGUGUAUCUGACACACCUGGCUCAUUUGGUUGAGUAUCCUACAUCACUAUGAACAUUUUAAGAUAUUUAAGAUGCCAUUGAGGUAUAUUAGAAAAAGGUGCCAUAUUAGGCUGCCAUAUUAGAAAAAGGCUUCUGUGGGGUUAAUACAUGAAUUAUGUGACGGCCCUGUAUCUACAAAUCUUUUUAAAACCCUGUUCUAGCUGUGUGUGUAAAAUAUGGUGCCUCUAUCACAGUUACAAUCCAAAAACAUAGCUGCCCCACUACAUGGAAUUAUAUGGCUAAGCUUCCAAAAUUGUAAUGUCAAUGACGCAAUAUGUUUAUUUUUUAUUUUAUUUUUUUACAAUAGUUGUAGCUGGUGCUUUCAAAGUUGGUAUAUUAUACAUGUAUAUCAUUUUUUAAGUCAAUUUCAUGACCUUUUAGAACCACUAGUACAUUUUUGUUUGAAUGUUUCAGGGUUUCCUUUAAGCAAUUUAUACAGGUAAUUCUGAUAUGUACCCUAGAGAUUAAAGUUCAGGUUCUGUUGACCUGAACAUUCCAAAAAUGUGUCUGAUAGAUAGCGUUCCAAUGAUAUAUGAUAAGUAAGGAAUCACGUGUUGUAUAAUGACAAUGCUUUUCAUUAAAGAAAGUGAUAACAGAGAAAGCUGCCACUGCUGCACUGCGAUCAUACAUUUUCCAAAGCUAGGGACAUAAAAAAAAAUCACUAUGAGAGACCGUUGGCACAAGUGAGCUUGACCAACUCCCCUGGCACAUUGACUAUAUAGCCUACAGCACAUGACUAAAAUUUCGAUGUUCAGAUAGCAACUCCCUGUUUCACUCUGUUGCACUGAACAUACUGUAGCCCAUCACU